AUGACGCUUCGGUCAAACCAGUCCAGCUUACAGUUUCUAGGGCCCCAGAUUGGCGGGCCAUACGGCUCAUAUAGGCAGUCUGAAAGGACCUCGUGGUACCGAGCAAAGUCCCAAGAGUUGAUUUCCAAAGGCCAUGCAUAUCGUUGCUUUUGCUCCGCCGAACGGCUUGACACCCUUGCCAGGCAUCGAAACAAGCUGGGCCUUCCUCCCGGAUACGACGGGGCUUGUAUUGACAUACCAAUGGAUGAAUCUGAGGAGCGAGCUGCGAGUGGCGAGCCUCAUGUUGUUAGAUUCCGUGUCCUAGAACCAUACCCCAUGUUCGAUGAUAUUGUCUAUGGAAAAACCGGCCAGAAUCGUAGUGCCAAUGGUGACAAAAAGGGCGAUUUGGCAAAUACUUAUGUCGACCCGAUUUUAAUGAAGUCAGAUGGUCAUCCUACAUACCAUCUCGCGAAUGUUGUUGACGACCAUUUGAUGAAGAUUACACACGUAAUUCGGGGCACAGAAUGGAUGUCUUCUACGCCAAUGCAUGUAGCUCUUUAUAAGGCUUUUCAGUGGGAGCCGCCCAGGUUUGGCCAUGUCCCUCUUCUUGUUGAGAAAAGUGGUCAGAAGUUGAGCAAACGCAAUGGCGACAUAGAUAUCGCAUACUUUAAAGAAAAGGGGGUUCUGGCCGAUACAUUGGUAAACUUUGCAGCACUCUUGGGCUGGUCACACUCGCAAAAGUCGGAUGUCUUCACUCUUGAGGAGCUGGAAAAAGUGUUUGAUUUGAAACUUACGAAAGGCAAUACUAUUGUGGCUGCUGAGAAAAUGUGGUUUCUACAAAAGGCCCAUGUUCAACGUUACGCAGCUACGGGAGGAUCCAAAUUUGAUCAAUUGGCUGAACAAUUGUCAAGCGCUGCCAAAAAACAAUUCGGUUCGGAUGAAUACUCUCCGAUAUUGCAGUCUCGUACCUUACAGGAAUAUGUUGCCGCCAUUCUCCGUGAAGGUGCGAGAGGAUAUACAAAUCCGACAGAAUUUCUCAGUAACAAUAAAGCCUUUUUCAUUCGGUCCCUUGAUCGGCCCGCAUAUCAUCCGGCAAGCAGUAGUUCAGACCGUUCAGGCCCACAGAUACCCCUUCAAGCACUCCAUACUGCUGCUGCUGCGCUUUCGAUGGUGCCUGAAACACACUGGAACGUAGUUACGCAUCGUGCAAACAUUUCUGCAUAUAUAUACACUGAUCCUUCUGGAGCGUUCAAACAGGAGACCGAAGAAACUCGAAAGGCAACCCAGAAUCUAUUUCGAAAAGAACUAUAUCACUACUUACGAUGGGCGUUGUCAAGUGGGGCUCCGGGGCUCAGUAUACCCUCUAUGAUGGAAAUUCUUGGUCGUGACGAGACUCUAAGACGGUUAAAUGAAGCGUUAGAAGAAACAAAACCACUGACACUCGCCUCGAAAGGUGAACAAAACCGAGCUCGAGAUGAAGGUGGAAAAGGCGGUAAUGCAUGGAUGGGCUCAUUGGCUGGUAUCUGA